UGCUUGAUUAACGCGUAAAAGGCCUCUGAGUCUGAGACCUUCAGUUCCGCAGGGGUCUCUUUGCUAAAAGUGGAAAUCAAAUGGUACAUUUCUGCAGAUUUGGAACCGGCCAAAAUCUCUCCAUCAAAUCAGAUCAAUAUCUCUCUCCCUCUUAUUAAAGUGGUCAGCUCUCUUCUGGGGAAGAAAAAUCCAUGACCCAUGUCCACGGACAAAGGAUACGGCCAGCCGUUUGCUCCCCGGUUGGUCAGUACAGCCAUGGGGACAAAAGAAAAAGCUGAGGUAUUGCUUUAUAUUUAUCGGAUGCCCUCCGGGGAGCAUAACAUACCCACAUGGAGGAAGAGGGUCUCUGGGGAGAGAAUGUUCACUCUUUUAUAUCAAAUAUAUCAUCAGUUCUCUCUGCAGGGAUUGUUGGAACACACUGUGAUUGCAAUUUGUGAUUCCCCAACUCCAAUGGCUUCUCCAGGAACUGGAAGGGAUCAGCAACUUCGUCCGACAUGUUACAAGCAGGUGAAACCCCUAGCAACUUGGCUCAGCUCAAACCAGGAGUGUUAGUGGCUUAGCUGAACUUCCUCGAAUGUAUAGUAAUCAUCAUGCUUAGCUUACCAGACAGCACAGCUCUGUCUUAUUCCACAACUAAGGAAGCCAUUUGAGGCUUUAGCCGUUGUGCAGACUCGGUCUGCUUAUUGCAUGGUGCCACAAAGUUGCAUCAUUCCGUGUUUUGUGUGCUCCCCUACUAUGUGCUACUUGCUGAUGCAAAAUUUCAAUUUCUAGUCAGCCAAUCCCAGGGGCUUUUAUCGGGAGAUGCAGGAACGACCUAACCAACCGGGUACUCCUUGACAUCCAAAGUGGUGAAAGUUGGACUAUUGAAUUGGAGAAGAACAAUGGGGAUGUUUGGCGAGGAGAUGGUUGGAUGAAUUUUGUGAAAUAUUUCUUUGUCGCUGCUGGAUACUUUAACAGUUUUAGGUGGGAAGGGAGCAAAACAUUCCACAUCGUUAUCUUUGAUCUGACUAAGUGCUAGAUCAAGCAUCCCCUUAGGUGUAAAGUUCAGAUUGUUAUGCUCACUUAACAGCUUUGAGAAUGUAUAUAAAAUCUGCUAUGGUUAAUUACAGAUAGUCCAUGUUUAUUUCUUGUGCAUUAUGUUAUUUACAUGAGCAAUGCCUUUCCCUGCUCUUCACUCUC